GGUGGGGGGUGGGGGGGUUCUCCCAGCAUCGGUUUGCCUUCCUACCUCAUUUCCACUCAAGACAUAGUUGCUGCUCCUCUGGAUAGAAAUAACAGCUGAGGUGUGUUAGUGCCUGAGCGCAUGUUUUAAACAUCAGCACCCUGUGCACUGCCUUCAUCAUCUCAGUUGACAACAGUCUACGGUGAUCUUACAGCCAAGGACAAGACAAAAACUGAGACAAGAGCAAGCGGAUGUGGAGGAGUGGUGGAAAGAGAGUAAAGCAGCACCAAGAAAGAAGAGGAAAAGAAGAAGAAUCGGCAAAGAGAAGCUGGACAGAGGUGGAGUUACACGACUAUAUUGAAAGGAGAAAUCAUGUUUGAUGUCUCCUUCCCUCAAUUUAUGUUUGCAGCGUAUCACACAGUAAAGCCUUUUCACUGGGAGCUGUGUUUGUGACUGUGGACUACGGGCAGAUAAAAGGCAGCGUCAGUCUGCGCUCUCUACAGCCGCAGCAGAUGUUGAAGACAUCUCUGACUUUAUAGGGAGCGGAGGCAUUUCAAGCAUAGAUUGGACUGGAAUUCCUUUAAACAAAGUCACAUUCCUUCCUUUUUUUCCCUUUUUGCGACUUCAACUGGGAAGUUUGCUUUGCUGGAAAAAGGUAGAACAAGAAUCCAUUUUAAAUUUAUGAUUUAAAAUAUUUGGGUGAAUUCACAACUGCCUGAUCUGAAGAUAAAACAAGGGAGCUUCCUCAUCGGUCACGGCCCAUUGCAUCUUUCCUGCGUUCGAAAUGGCAGAUGGCAGCAGUCUCAUCAUGGAACCGCAGCAUGGAGCAUUUCUUUUGAACUGAAACCACACACAUCGUCUCCGAAAAAGCCAGUUACCUGAGGAAAUCGUGGGUUCUAGGGUUCCUUGUAUUGCUGCCAAAGAAGAUGAAUUCCUCCUUGGAUCCACUGAACCUGAGCUCUGCUGACCCAUCAAACGUAUCUGCUCCUUUCUGCCUGCUUGAGAUGGGCUAUUCCCAGAUUUUCUCCACCUGCCUCCUUGAAGUCUCCAUUAUACUUCUGCUCACUGUUCUCAUUAUUUCUGGUAACCUGGUGGUCAUCUUUGUGUUCCACUGUGCCCCCUUGCUCAGCCAGCACACCACCAGUGCUUUCAUCCAGACUAUGGCAUAUGCUGAUCUGCUGGUGGGGGUCAGCUGCCUGUUCCCCUCCCUGUCCCUCCUCCAUCACCUGCAGGGCCUCGACCCCAAACUCACCUGCCAGGUGUUCGGGUACAUGGUGUCUGUUUUGAAGUCGGUGUCCAUGGCUUCGUUAGCAUGUGUAAGUGUUGACCGCUACAUCGCCAUCACGCGACCUCUGACUUAUGCGUCCCUGGUAACGCCUUGUCGAGUGCGCUGCUGCAUUAUUCUCAUAUGGUUGUACUCCGCCCUGGUGUUUCUCCCAUCUUUUCUUGGGUGGGGGAAACCUGGUUACCACGGCGAUGUGGUGGAGUGGUGUGCAGUUGAGUGGAGGACUAGUCCGGCAUUCACAACCUUUAUUGUCGCACUGCUCUACGCCCCAGCAGCGCUCACCGUCUGCUUCACCUAUGCCAAUAUCUUCAAGAUCUGCCGACAGCACACCCGGGAGAUCAGCGAGCGUCACGCACGCUAUCGACCCCAACAGCUGCAGGUCCCUGGAUCGGCGGUGGGAUCUGUGGUCAAGGACACAACAGUGCACAACAGUGCAGCAGAACAAGGGCAGUUUCCCCACUUGUCCCAGCCGCAGAAACUGGAACACCACCAACCACAGUAUCAGCAGCCCACGUCAACAUACCCAGACAAGCGAUACGCCAUGGUGCUUUUCCGCAUUACCAGCGUGUUUUAUAUCCUCUGGUUGCCCUACAUUCUCUACUUCCUUUUGGAGAGUGCAGGGAUCUACCACCACCCAGCAGCGUCGUUCCUCACCACAUGGCUGGCCAUCAGCAACAGCUUCUGUAACUGUCUCAUCUACAGCCUCUCCAACUCUGCCUUCAGGAAAGGCCUCAAACGCCUCUGCUCCUUCUGUUUACAGCGCAGUGGCAGGGGCUUCGGGGUCAGGAACACCAAAAAGACUUUCGUUGGCUCUGUUGAAAAGGGAUGUGCAGGGUCGGGGUAUGGAUAUGACCAUGGGGAAAUAGGAAUUGGCACAACAUGUCAUGUGUAGUACACACACACACACACACACACACACACACACACAGAAGGAACCCUCGAGCCAAAUUGGCAUUUGAACUUUUCAAAAGAUGCCUGGUGUGUUGUAAAAUGUCUCCUCUGCUACGCUGAUAUAGGCUGUAAAGAGAUGGAAGGAGGCGUCAAUCUGGCGCUGCUGUUUCCGUUGCACUUGGAGGUUACACAGACAUCCUCUCUGCGUAUGCCACAGUUGGCCAAGACAGAGAAAGCGAGCCGAGAGCAAAGCACUGAAGGACAGAAAGGCCCUCCGAGUGUUUUUAAGUGGCCACAUCGCUGUGUUCAGACAGAGGUGAUUGACGGAAAGGAGGUGAACAAGGUGUCUCUGAAUCUCUGGAGAAGUGAACUCUUUUGAGGUUGCACAACAUUUGUAUCUGUUAGUUUUUAUUUAAGGGUGUUUAAUUCUUAACUUAUUUUGCCAAAAUUAAAAGACUGUUCCAAAAAGCUGUAUGUGCAGUUUGAGAAACAGCAUUUGUUCUUCCCAGAUUAUCAGCACAGUGUUGAAUGCAAAAAAAUGUAAUAAAUGCAAAUGGAACAGUUGACUCUUGUCGUUUAGAAGUGUAGUUUUUACUUGCUCACAUCCCCUCGGUAUCUACUUGCGAAAAGUGAGAAACAAAUUUGACUUGCAGCUAAUUUAUAGUUUGCUUUCAUUGAGUGAACUGAUUAUGGUGUAUCUGCUUUGAGACAUUUCAGACUAUUCAUGGACAUUGGAUGUUCGAUUAUUUAUUGAUGUUGUUAUACGAGAUAAAUCAUUAUGUCUUUAACUAAGUUGGGGAUUCACACAUUCAUCCUGCUGUUUGUUACAUAUGACAUGAGAUUCUGCCCAGCUUUGGUGUACGACUGUUAACCUGACAAAAUUCAAAUGUCAUUUUCUGUGAAUUUUUAUUCCUAUAAUUCCCCCCCCCCCAAAUCUUUGUAAAUUCCAUUGCACCUUUUGUUGUUUGGAUUACGUAACUGAACUUAUUUCAUAACUGUCCAAGGCAAAGUAAGACAAAGAUAGUAUAUAUUUUUUACACCUGUUAUACACUGAUUUUUGGUACAUCUUCACUUUGAUUUUCUCGCAAAGGUUUUUGACUGAAGGUAAGAAAUGUUAAUCAUAGACCUUUGAACUGUGACCCUUUGCCCUUGUAUUUGGAAAUGGCUGAUAGGAACAGUAUAAUGAUAAUUACACAACUACACAAUGUGUAAAUAGUGAAAUAUCACAUUUCUGUAUUCUCGCAAAUCAUUACCACACCUAGGUGUUUGCAGUAUUGUGACUACAUUAUUGGAUCUGCAUUUGGGGACUAGUGAAUGCACUACACACAAACACACAUGAACACGGCAGGAUCACAGGCUGAUCAUGCGUAAAGAAGUAACCCAUUCCCUCUGCCAGCAGCCUAACCUCUGUGCAGCACUGUGAAGAGUGACCGACCCCACUAAUUCCUGGGAAUUGCGGUUGCAUGUGUGUAUGUUUGUGUCCAUCAUGUUGUUCCCACGUGUAGUUUUGUGAUCACUCUUAACUUGAUUAUUCAAAAAAAACAGAAUCAAGACCAAUCGUAUACUGAAAAGAAUCCAAGUGUACAUAUUGUGUCAUAAACUCAAUGUUCUAUUUUGAACCACGGAGACUUAUUUCACAGUUUAUUUAGGUGCAGAUAUUGUAGCGUUAUACACCUUAUCUAACCUACCAAAGAAAGUCGAACGGAUAGGCUUAGAUUAUAUCGUUUUUUUUUCUAAAUAUCUAAUAUAUAAAGAUUAAGUAAAAACGCAAAUGGGUUUUACGCAGAUUUUGUAUAGGUCCACUGCACUGUGUUGGCUCAGUGAUGCCUUGUGUGCAUGAAUAUGACUGUUUCUCAGUAUAUAAUGAUUUAUUGUUGCCUUGAUCGACAAAUGAAAAUGAACUGUUGAUUUAUAGACGUGACUGUUUUUAGAGAGACUGGCAAUCACAUGCAUGUGCAGAGAUGAACAUGUUCAUUAGCCAGCCCUUGUCCUUAAUUUCCACAUUCAGUACAGAAUGAAGUAAAACACAUUUGCUCUGUAAAGUCAUUUUUUUAUGUGACUUAAUUCAGCUACUCUUCAAAAGUUCAUCAUUCCGAAUUAUUGUUUUCUCUCUACUGUAAAACUGAAAAUAAGCAGGAGAAAACAUAAGACUUAAAACUGUUAGGCUUUUCUUGCAUGUAUUUGUUCAUUUGUGCAAAGGUGUGUCUGAGAGUGUGUGUGUGUGUGUGUGUGUGUGUGUGUGUGUGUGUGUGUGUGUGUGUGUGUGUGUGUGUGUGUGUGUGUGUGUGUGUGUGUGUG